AUGUGGACAUCACUUCCUCAUUUUCAGUUUGAUGAGGGACCGCUACUUCAGAGAUAUCUCUUGGUAAAUGUUGUGGAUAGAGCACUUCUUCUUCAUGGCCCUGCUAAUAUAGAAGCUUUUGGUUUUAGUUUUAUAGUGCUAGGUGAUUCACAUCGUGUUAAUGCAUGGAUCUCUGCUAUAGUAAAAUGGAACGUUGAAGAGCUUUCUAUAAGCCUGCAAAUCAUUGAUGAACCAGUUUUAUUGCCUGAUUCCUUAUUUACUUCUGCAACACUGGUGGUCUUAGAUCUAGAUAUGCCCUGUGUUUUCAAGGUUCCUCGUACUAUUUGCUUCUCAAGUCUAAAGUGCUUGAGUCUCAAGUCUGUGGUGUUUCCUGAUGACUGCUUAACCCAGCAGUUGUUUUCUGGUUUCCCAGUCCUAGAAGAUCUAUCUCUAACAGAUUGCAAUUGGACGAAUAUUAUCAAGUUUGUGAGUAUUUAUACUCCCAAGCUUUUGAUCUUGACCAUGAUCGAAGGAGGUGUGGAAGUUGUGAGAGCUUCAAAAUCUUCUGAUGGAUGUCAGAUGAUGGUAUUUGGAGAUAAUCUCAAACAGUUUAAUUACAAGGGUGAGUUCCUAAAUGAAUGUUGCAUUUGCAAUUCAUCCUCACUAAAUGAGGCUAAAAUUCGUGUUGUUGAUUAUUCCUCCAAGAGAUUGAGACGUACUGCUUACCGUUUGUAUAAGCUUCUUAGAGGGCUCUCUACUGUGAAGCAUCUAACUAUCUCUUAUUAUAUCUUUGAGGUGGUUCUAGAUGAUGCACCAGAACUUCUUGCCCAGCUGCCUUUGUUCAAUGAUCUAAUCACUUUAGAAUUUGAAGGAAGUGUAAACAUUGGUAGCAAACCAUUCUUAUCGAUGCUCCACAACUGUCCUUGUCUUCAAACUUUGAUAUUCCUUGAGGGGAUUGAGGAGUCCUUAAAUGUUGCUAAAGAUGGAGAUUUGGAGCCUUUGCCUCCAUGCUUCCUCUCACGUAUGAAAGAGAUUGAAGUCUAUGAAUUUUAUGGAGAUCUGAGGAUCACAUACAUGCAUUGA